UCCAUCCCAUCUCAAAGCACAAUUUAGCCACGUGAAUGAGAAAAAUACGACUCCCACUUGCACACAGAACUUUCGAAGAAACCUCCACCUUCUUAAAAAUAAAAUAAAAUAUUUCCGAAAAGGUUGAAAAGUAAAAUAAACAAACAAUUUAAACUAAAUCUAAGUGCAUGAACCAACACCUCAGAUAUUAACUAUAUAAGCCCCACAAGACCUUUCCUCUCAAAACUUCAGGACACUACUCCUAACAUUUGCUUGACUACAAUCUCUCUUAUCUCUCUCUUUCUCUCUACCAGAAAGAUAUUCAAUACCCAUAUCUAGGAUUUCAUUGAUUCAAAUUCUGAUUCGACAAUGUACACAAAUAGUGAUUUUGAUUCCGACUUUGCUCUGCUCGAGUCGAUACGGCGUCACUUGCUUGACGAAUUCGAUGCUCCGGCGACCAACUCCGGUGGCAGCUUGUUCCCAUUAUUCACUGACAACUGGGGUGAGUUGCCUUUGAUAGAAAACGACGCGGAGGACAUGGUGGACUAUGGCGCCCUCCUCGACGCCGUCAACAUCGAGUGGCUCCCUUCUCUCUCGACCACCACCACCACCGCCGUUAAGGAAGAGCCGGAAAUUCUGACAGAAAUGACUAGCUCGCCGGAGAAUUUUACGUUUCAGGCGGCGGCGCCGGCGGUAAUGCAGGCGAAGGGGAAGCAUUAUAGAGGGGUGAGGCGGCGGCCGUGGGGGAAGUUCGCGGCAGAGAUAAGGGAUCCGGCGAAGAAUGGGGCCCGAGUUUGGCUCGGGACGUUCGAGACAGCGGAGGAUGCAGCGUUGGCUUAUGACCAGGCGGCGUACCGCAUGCGCGGAUCACGUGCUCUCCUCAAUUUUCCGCUUCGGAUAAAUUCGGGCGAGCCCGAGCCAGUUCGGGUUAAGUCCAAGAGGUCUUCCUCAUUGUCGGAGCCUUCGUCGUCAUCCGAAAAUGGAUCGCCAAAGCGGUGGAGGAAGGUGGUGGGCUCGGCGGUGCCGGUGGUGGGACAAGCUGGAUUGGGAAAUGGCGGUGGUGGAUUGGAGGUGAAACAAGAACAGUUGUUGGUUGGAGGGUACUUGUUAUAACCAAAUAAAAAUUUAGUAUUGUACAUUAAAGAACAAUGAGAUCAUGAUACCCUCAAAUUUUCAAGGGAAAAUGAAGGGCUAUUUGGGGUCGUGAAUGGGUGGUUUUCUUUCGUUUGUUUGAUGAUUCUUUUUGAAAAGGAAAUUUUCUAUUCUUUUAUGUAACAUAUUGUUAUGAAAAUGAGUUCUCA